AUGAUUGCGGCCAACAAUAAUUUCGACGUCAUUAUCAUUGGUGCCGGCAUCAGCGGCAUCAAUUCUGCGUACCGUCUUCAAGAAGGUCUUCCUGACUAUUCAUAUGCUGUCCUCGAGGGGCGAGCAGAAAUCGGUGGCACCUGGAGCUUGUUCAAGUACCCCGGGAUCAGGUCUGAUUCUGAUCUUCACACCUUCGGGUUCCCCUGGGAUCCAUGGAAGGAAGACCGUUCCAUCGCCGACGCAGCAUCGAUUCUGCGAUAUGUCAAGACCACCGCCGCUAGACAUGGCAUCGACAAACACAUCAAGUUCCACCACAAAGUCGAGUCGAUGAACUGGUCGACUGAGAAUCAGCAUUGGGAAAUUGAUGUCACGGUCGACGGGACCGAGAAGCGGAAGUUCUACUCUCGAUUUAUCCUCCUCGGCACCGGCUACUAUGACUAUACCCAGGGGCUCAAUACCAAGAUUCCCGGCAUUGAGAAUUUCAAGGGCACCGUCGUUCAUCCUCAAUUCUGGCCCGAGGAGCUCGACUACACAGACAAGAAAGUCGUUGUCAUCGGCAGUGGUGCCACCGCCGUGACCAUCGUGCCUGCUAUGACAGAGAAGGCCAAAUCCGUUACCAUGCUUCAACGAUCACCCAGCUAUUUCCUGCCCAUCCCUCUGACCGAACCCAUCGAUGGUAUCAUCAAACGGAUAUUCCCCGAGAAGCUGGCGUAUCAACUCAUCCGAAUCAGAUUCCUCCUUGUCGGUUUCUUAUUCUUUCAAUUCUGUCGAUUGUUCCCCCAGAAGGGCCGAUCUGUUCUACGCAAAGCCACCGAGAAGGAGUUACCUGCCAAUAUUCCUUUCGACCCUCAUUUCGUCCCUCGGUAUAAUCCCUGGGAACAAAGAAUGUGUAUCACGCCAGGUGGUGAUUUCUUUGCCGCGUUGCGCACGGGCAAAGCUGACGUCGUGACCGACACAAUCGAAGACAUCAACGCCAACGAGAUUAAGCUCAAGUCAGGAGCGACUCUCCCUGCGGACAUAAUCAUCACCGCCACAGGUCUCAAGAUCCAGUUUGGUGGCGGUGCUUCUGUUAGUGUCGACGGCGAGCCCUACCAAAUGAACCAGAAAUUCAUUUGGCGUGGUGCUCUGCUACAGGACUUGCCAAACUUCACAUUCAUCUUUGGAUACACAAAUGCCAGCUGGACCCUUGGCGCCGAUGCCACUGCCCAACUGUGGGUUCGUCUCCUCAAAGAAAUGAAGGCCAAGAAUAUGACGAGUAUGGUUCCGCGAAUCAACGAAAAAGAACAAGUGACCGAGGUACCUCUUCUGAAUCUAAACAGUAGCUACAUCACGGCUGCUCAGGAGGCGAACACGCUGCCCAAGGGUGGUAACCGAGGGCCAUGGAUGCCCAGGAGCUCGUAUCUUCGAGAUAUCUGGCAUGCGAAGUUUGGCGACAUUCGCACCGGGCUGCAAUUCAAUAGGAUUUCGACCUAG